UUUCAUCUUUUACAUGUCAGUAAUAUAUCUGCACAGCACAAAAAACAGAUGACAACACUGGAAGAGAUCAUAAUAUGUUAGAUUAAUGUCAAGGCCCAACGCGUCACAGGAAGCCAGUGGUGGAGCAGUUAUAAAAGCCAGGAAGCCGCAUCUUCAGUCAACUUCUACAAACAGCUGCACAAACAGAACAGGCUUGAGUGGAACAGUAGAGGAACCUAAGCUCACACUAUCAAGGCCUCAAAGGACGCAAACUGUGUGUGGCACUCCAAACAUAGGAUUUGGGAUUUGGGCAAAACUCACUGGACUGAAUAUACAAAUAAAAACUUUAUUAAAGCCAAGAAAAGAUGGGCACAUGUCCCACCAGAUGCCGCUCACAUAUGACUGUUUUAGAAAACCGUUCCGUACCUGAAUCUUCUGCUGUUCAGGAGAGCAUCAUCGUGGCCCUUCAUAACUACCCUUCCAUUGGCCAGACAGAACUCACCAUGCAUAUUGGGGAUAGACUUACUGUCACAUCAGAUGAUGGUGAUUUUAUGAUGGUAAAAUCACUGACUACAGAGCGUGAGAGCUAUAUACCCACUAACUGCACGGCUGAAGUAACGCACAGGUGGUUAUACACAGGAAUCAGUAGGUUGAAAGCAGUGGAACUUCUUAUGCUCCCACAAAACAUAAAUGGAUCAUUUCUAAUUCGUGAAUCAGAGACAAAUAAAGACUGUUACUCACUGUCUGUGCUGAGGAAAGGGCCUCAUUCAUUCAUGAACAGUGUGAAGCAUUACCGUAUAUGUCACCUCCCAAACGGAUGGGUGUUCAUCUCUCCAGGACUCACCUUCCCCAGCCUGCAGCACCUCAUCAACCACUACACAGAGAAUGCAGAUGGACUGUGCUGCCAGCUGACAAAGCCCUGCUAUAUUGGUGGUUUGGACAACAUCAGACCUACACCAGUGGUCAUCAGAAGACCUACUCUGAACUGGAAGGAUAUAAGCAGGUCUGUAAUUUUUAGGCAGAAAAGAACAGAGUCAGAUAAUUCCCUGGUGAGUGAAGGCCUGCGUGAAGCCAUCAACUCUUACCUGCAGAUGACAGAAGGCAGUGACUUCAGCUGGGACACUUGAGAGAGGACCAUAAAAGCAGUCAGAGAGACAACCCUGCCCUGUCUGCCCUAAAGGACACAGUGCAACAAAUACCUGCAACACUACACUGUUCAAAGUUGAGUCUGCAAGUCUCAGCAUCAGUACAAUCUUUGUGAAUUAGAAAGGAAUGUAUCAGAAAAUGUGUGAAAUGUUGUUAAAGUUAAUCUUAUUGUAAUUUUUAUUUAUUUGAUGUCGUGUUCUGUGUUUAUAACCUUGCCUAUGUAUUAAACUGGAU